AUGUCGAGCACUCUUUUUGAUGAUAUUUUCAGUGUCCAAUCGUUGGAUAGUGCUAGGUAUGACAAAGUGUCAAGAAUAAUUGCCAACUCCACCAGCUCAGCAGAUACCAAGCUUACUUUGGAUAUCAACACAGAAUUAUUUCCGGUUUCCACAGGCGAUUCACUAUCUGUGACUUUGGCAAAAAGCCUUGCUCUCGAAGGAGCAGAGGAUGAUCAAGGUAUGUUCUCUACCAAUGGUUCUUGGAGACCCCCUAAGCCAGGUCAAAGGUCUUUGAUGGACGAAUACGAUUAUGUCAUGCAUGGAACGGUUUAUAAGUUUGAAGAAGGGAAGGAUGAUAAUAUUUCUGUCUAUGUCUCGUUUGGUGGACUUUUAAUGUGUUUAGAAGGAAACUACAGAUCUCUUUCUUCGCUCAAACAGGAGAAUCUGUACAUUCUCAUCAGACAUUGA